AUGCAUCGCCAGACGCUCGCCAACCGUCAACCGCCUUCGGCCCCCCUCGGACCAUCACUUGCACCACCGCUGCCGCCACGACCUCGCCUGCCGCCCAUCAGCGCAAUCACCUCGAUUCCUCCCUCUAUCGACACCGUCGCAGGCUUGAGCGGCGCUGAUUCGCGGCUUCUGAAUGCGCCGUCAUUAGCAGCAGCAGCAGCAGCAACACCAUCAUCAUCAUCAUCGUCGUCGGCGGCGGCAUCUUCAGCAUCACCCCCGGCUCUCCUCCCCAGUCCCCCCAAUUACGCGCAGCGCCUCUCCUCGCCCUCGCCCGCCGCCGCCUCGUCCAUGCAAAACCACCACCAGUUCCCCAGCCCGUCCGACAACGACCGGCUCCCCCCGCUGAUGCACCAUGACGGCGACAGCACAACCUUGCCGUCGCUGAGCAGCAUCACCGGCGACGUUGCCAUGCGCGGCGACGACCAGCACCGCCCCUCGCAGCAUCUUCACAACCCGCAACACCUGCACAGUCUCCCAAGCAUUCACAGCCCGCCGCCGCUGCACUCGAACCAUUGGCCGUCGCCCUUCAAUGGUCCCGCGGCGUCGUCAUUCAAUUCGUAUCGACAACCGCCGCCGCCUCCCUUCCACGACGCCGGCAGCCCAGCGACAGCCAUGGACAUGGACGGCUCUGCAAGCGUUGCCAGCGCGGCGUCACCGUCGCCAGAUCGCAUCUACGACGGGACGCCGACUCCCAGCAGCCUCACGCUCGAUGACCCAGACGUGCGGCUUGCGGCCGAGGCGCUGGGCGACUUACGCGCAGACUUUGUAUCAUCGCCGCCCGACACCUCCUCGCUACCGCCCAUGAGCCCGCCCAUUGCCAACUUUCAGCUGCAGCAGACGAAGCCAAAGUCGCCCAAACCCGAGCCACUCUUGUCCCUGCUUACGACCGCCCAUCCCCUCGUCGCCUCCACCAUUGGCGGCGCCAGUUCAGCGUACGGUGGCGCAAAGAACUUCUCCCCGCGGUUCAAGUCUGGCGCCGAGUACGUCGAGGGCUACUUGACGCCUAUCGCCAACACAGUCAACUCCGUGGGUAGGGUCACGGGCGUCGAAGGCGGUGUUCGAUGGUUCCUAGGCGCAGGCCGUCGCCAUCCAGCACCCACCUCCGAUCCCGACUCCAACGGCUCCAACAAGAGGCGGAGGACGGGAGAGGGCAGCAGCAGCGGCAACCGCGAAGCCAAUGGGUCGCCCGUCAUCCACGGUCUUGACGAGUUGUCCUCGGCCGCAUCCAAGACGCCUCGCCGCUUAUCGACCGCCAGCACGGUGGACACGCUGCCGGCAUACGAUGAUCUACGAUCGCCCGCCUACUCGGAAACCGCACCUGCGACUCACAGACCGCCGGGUAGCCAGCCGUGGCAGACCCGCUUGAUGAUGUCCACGUCCGGAUUGAGCGUUGCCAUGAGCGCCGAGAGUCUCCGCAGUCUCAAGUACUGCUUGCGCUGGCUUCGAUGGACCAACGACCACAUGAACAGGGCCAUUCUCAACUUGAAGCACGCAUUGGAGGAGUACGAAAAGGCAGAGAGGAAGGAACAGUCAGAAGGAGGGCCGUCCACCGAGAACCCAGGCGCGGCUGAAGCCAUGGACGUGGACGGCGCGGACAAGGAGCAGAAGCCCAACCCGUCACGGAGCGAAAUCGCCGCGCGAAUCAACAACCUCAAGGGCGACAUUGUCAAGACGCUACAAGACGUCAUCAACAAUGUGUCCAAGUACGCCGGCGGCGCGCUUCCCGAGAACGCACGGGUGCUGGUUCGCCGCCACCUGACCAGCCUGCCUCAGCGCUUCCGCUUGGCGACCAUGUCUGACAGGCAGUCGGAGAAUGCCAACAGGGACGGCGACUCGGCGAUGCGUGACGGUGCGCAAAAGGUGCUGGUGCUGGCCAAGGAGGGCCUCGACAUGGUGACGCAGGUGACGGGCGUCUUGGACGGGACGAUUGUGAGCGCCGAGCAGUGGUGUGAGAGGAUGGGCAAGAGGCGGACGGAGGACAGGGAAGAGGAGCAGGAGCCGGCUUCAUCGAGGCAACGAACUGAGUUUAGCAGCGACGUGAAGACGGCCUGA